UAGAGAUUAAACAGUCCUAACACUGAACCUCUGUUAGAGACUAAACAGUCCUAACAACACAAACUCUCUCCCUCCCUAUCUCUGUGUGUGUUUGUGUGUGUGUGACAGGCUUCUCCCUUAACUGGAAACAGCAACACCCAGAGACAUGACACUGAUGAGAUGACAAGACAAAUCCCUGCUCAGGAGAAAUCAUUCCCGAAUGGGACACAAUGAAAAUAGAUCGCGGAAUGAAAUAGCCCAGUUAAACCAGGAAGUUGUCUCUCUCUCGGAAAGCAGGAAGCAGCGUGGGCUGGCCUGUCUCUCUGCGUCACCGCCUGCGUCACAUGCCAGGAGGGGGUUCUCCAGUGACUAUAAGGCGGCGUAGCGGAGCAGUCUGCCACAGACAAGGGGAAGAAAGGCUGCGGCUGGUACGGACGGUGCUGUCUGGCUGCAAUAGAAACAAAAGCGAGCGGUCUGUUCGAGCAUAAAGCGGAAUUGUGUCCCUUGGAUUAUACAUCGUUACUCUAAUGGUGAUCGGAUACCCGGGUUAUUGAUCAGGUCCAUGCUAGCUUGAGCCAUGAGCGGUCUACUGAAGAGGAAGUUUGAGGAGGUCUAUGAUGAGGACCAGUGCUACUCCUCGUCCUCCUCCCGGUCGUCCUCAGCUUACUCCGGGUGGGACUCGGAGGGCGAGAGCUGCUACUCAGACACCCUUGACUCAACACCCAGCAACCCUGGCUCUCCAGACACACAUUGCAACACCAAGUCCAUCCUGAAGAAGGCUAAGUGUGAACGGCUAGUGCGGGGCAACGUGACCUUUGACAUGGUGACAGUGUUUGUCUUCCCACGGUGCCAGGGCUUUAGCAGCGUGCCCAGUAGAGGGGGCUGUUCCCUGGGCAUGAUGCAGCGCCACAGCGCCUUCCGCAGGUACACCCUGGAUGAGUACGCUGUGGAGCAACACACCCUCCGUCGGGAGAAACUCCUCGACCGCCUCCGAGAGGAGAAACUGGACGCUCUCAAACAGAAACUGACUAAGGGAGGCACGGUGGAGUCUGAGGAGGCUGACUGCCUCACCAUCGAAGACAUCCCAGAGGACGAGAUGGACAUUAGCAGCUGUAACCUAGACGAUGGCUCCUUCCUCCACCCCUACCCCUCCAAGAGGAGACAUGCCCUGCUGAAGGCUGCGGGGGUGAAGGUGGAGAAGGAGGAGAAGAGACAGCUGCAGCAGCUCAGAGUGUCCAGGGAGGACUGUGGGUGUGACUGCCAGGGUUUCUGUGAGCCAGAGACCUGCGCCUGCAGCCUGGCAGGCAUCAAGUGUCAGAUGGACCACUCGUCAUUUCCCUGCGGCUGCACUAAGGAUGGCUGCGGUAACCAGGAAGGUCGUAAAGAGUUCAACUCCAGCCGGGUUCAGACCCACUACAUCCACACCAUCAUGAAGCUAGAGCUGGAGAAGAGACUGGAGGAGACGUCUGGACCAGAGGAAGAGGACCCGGGAGAGACCGCCUUCUACUUCAGCUCAGAGCUGGCAUCGGUCGGGGAGAACAGCUGUACCAGUGACAUGACAGACUCCUCUGCCUCCUCGGGGGGGAGUGAGGACUCAGAGGAAGGGGCGGAGUUGGGCCGGGAGGACGAUGUGGAUGAAAACGGACUGAGCCGCAUCCUCAGCGACAACGACUAUAACGUAAACAACUACGUUGUUAAUGACAACCGCUGUUGCCCCGAGCAAUGGCUACAGCAGCAGCAGGCAUCGUCCAUGACGACAACAACAGAGAUGUUGGGAGGGUUUAGCACAUCAGACUUCCCAGAGGAGAAUGACAAUCUAGAGGUGCACACAGACAACCGGGCCAUGGCCAUAUCACUGUUAGGUGAUACCGCUAACCAAGGCAACGGUCUGUUCCACCACAGCAGCUGCAGAAUCUCUAACCCCUCAUCUCCCUCCGUAGACUGCCCCAACGCCCUCUCUCCCUCCGUAGACUGCCCCAACGCCCUCUCUCCCUCCGUAGACUGCCCCAACGCCCUCUCUCCCUCCGUAGACUGCCCCAACGCCCUCUCUCCCUCCGUAGACUGCCCCAACACCCCAUCCCCCUCAGUAGAUGGCACCGCUGCCAGCUACAUGGACCUCUGCCUGUCCUCAGAGUCUGACCUGGAGUUCUUUGAUGGUUUCUGUCUGGGUCCUUCCUCUCUCUACAACUCCCUAAAGGAAUACCAACACAUGGACAGCUUCUUUCACUUCCAGUUGCCUAGUUACGCCAGCAGCCAAUCACAGGCCAUCGACCCCGGGACCUGCCUCCUGGAGUCUCUGAUUGGUCUGCCAGAAUCUGACCCAGAACCCCCUGUAACGUUCACAGACAAUCAGCGGUUGGAAGAAGCUGUCAGGGGUUAACUAUCGGGACCUGAACCGCCAACUGUGUUCUGGACUAUGUAGUGAAUUAGGGGGGGAUGGGGGUCAGUGUAAACAGACUGCUGUUGGAAGAAGCUGUGAUUUCUCUCUUGCCUUCCAAUUGUUCGCAAAGCAGUUGGUAAUUAUCGCUUUAUAAAAUGGCAGCUACCGUUUCAGUUGGUAAUUAUCGCUGUAUGAAAUGGCAGCUAACGUUUCAGUUGGUAAUUAUCGCUGUAUGAAAUGGCAGCUACCGUUUCAUAAAAGUGAGAUUAAAAUAAGUAAUUUUCUACAUUGUAGAAAUAAUAGGGAAGACUCAUGAUACCUAUGAAAUAACACGUGUUGUGUUUUAUAUGUCGCUAAAUGUCAACCUCAGAAACCAAGAACAGUACAGCUGGGUAUUCAUUAAUACUCUGGGAAAACACCUAUAACUGUUAUCUACAUAUUAUUAUUUUAAUGUCUUUUAUGAUUUUCUAUUUAUUUUCAGAUAAAAACGUACUAAAGCUAUGCUGAAGCAGCACCGUGGCUUGAUAUUUAUAACCUGGAACUGCAAUCUUUCCUCAUGUGUCCCAAAUGGCACACUAUUCCCUAUGUAGUACCCUACUUCCCAUAGGGCUCUGGUCUAAAAUAGUGCACUAUAUAGGGAAUAGGGUGCCAUUUGAAACUUAAUCCGUAUUAGACAUAGUCGGCAAUAUGGGAUUAUAGAAAAGACCAUUGGGAAACAUUUUGGUUAAAUUAUUUUAGUAGUUUGAUCUAAUUUAUGACAUGUUGGGCAAUAAGAGAUCGGUGUUUACUCAGGGGGGCUAUGGCCUAAUCAUUCCCUAAACCCUACGCCAUUGUGGAGAUCUGAGGUGAUUUUGAUUGGUAUAAGCAAUAUAACGAAACUUCCACCUAGCCUAUCAGAGCGCAAGGGAGAGCUAUUACCAUAUGGACUGCAUCGGUCAGAUCCAAUCAGCUCUCCACACGUGUAGGGUUGAGGGGUCGAUUCGGCCAACGUCACAGUGCUUCUGUUUUGAGCUGUGGGACUGUACUGUGUUCCUAUUUUAUAAAUCAAAAUGUAGAAUUCUGGCUCUGCUGCAGAUACUGCUAUCUAUAAUGUUACCAUAGAGAAUCACUCUAUUUUAUUAACCAUUUGUGUAGAUUGAAAGAAUUCUAAAUCUGUGUCACGGAAAUAAUUUUAUUGAGAAAAUGCAAAUUGUGUAUUUUUUUAAAAAAUAUUGAAAUCUUUGUAAUAGAUAAAUAUAGACUUAUUAUGAAAGCUUUUGCUUUCCAGUAUUUUUCAUAUGAACUAUGAAAUGGCACUAAAACAAGAUGGAUUAGAAGAGUAUCCAUAUGGUUGGUGACUGAGACGACGUGAUGCAUUUAUGCAGAAAGACUCAGUUGUGUGUUUGCCUCAUUAAGUCCUUAAGCAGACCUCAUUUGUUUACGUGGAGAUCAUCUCAUUGGAAAAAACCCAAAGCCACGAACAGAACACAGCUUCUCUGGUGGAAAUGCAGCUAAAUAAAGACAUGGCAACUAGGGGUAUUUAUUACAUUCCUGAAUGGAGAGCAAACCAGAGCAGUUUUUCAUCGUCACUCUGACCGUUUUUAAAAAGCUGUUCAUUUUAUCCAAGUCCCUUUUUUGGACAGUUUGUCCUUUUUUAUUUUAACUUUUUCUUAAAUGCUUGACUUUGUACAUCUUGGUCUCUUCCCAUUCUGUUCUUUAGUGUUCAACCCCAUCAGAUUUGUACUCCUUUACCGUAGCUUGGUCUUUCUGUUGGUCAGUUGAUGCUUCGCCUUUUAUAACCCAACAAACAGAAAAUAAAUGUUUUUUUUAACUGCA